AUGGAUAUAGAUGUUCGCACACAUCCACCCCUAGUCACAGACCUCGGGCCACACCUUCAUCCGCGAUGGCACCCAGAUCGUUCUCGCCCGCCGACACCAAAGCGGACCCCGCCGCCUAGCCCGCCGAAACCCAGGCGCGUUCCCGAUGAUCACAUGGAGAUUGAUGACCCAUGGCAAUCGCACGCUCAAGAAUAUGCCAAAAUCCGACAUGGACCUGUAUCUGCUGUGCAACUUUUCAAGGCCAACCCGAAGCCAAUCCCACCUAAUCGCAUUCAAUCAUGGUACGCGCGCGAUUUCGAAAAACUCGAGAAAGAAAGACUUGCCCGAGAGCUUGAAGGCAAACGCCCCUCUAGGGUGAUACCGUGUGGUCAGCCUGUGCGAUCGCUUUCGCCGAAAUGGCUUACCAAAGUUCAAAAUGCUGUGCAGUGCGCGCAAAGCCAGGUAAUCGCCAAGUCAUUGGCUGGAGAUGAGAUAUGCCAAAAGGAUAUUAUAACGUGUGUUCGCCCGAUGGCCUGGCUCAAUGAUGAGAUCAUCAAUUCCUACCUCGCGUUCAUUGUGCACUAUCUUCGUCAAUUCAACGGAAACCUCGGUCCGAAUGAUCGGCCGCGAUUCCACUCCUUCAAUACCUUUUUCUACUCCAAUCUCCGGGACAAGGGGUACCAGAGCGUCGCGAGAUGGGCGAGACGAGCGAAAAUCGGUGGUGAGAGUUUGCUAGAUGUCGAUACAGUCUUCAUACCUGUACAUGAGGUCAAUCAUUGGACCCUUAUGGUUGUGCGGCCAGUGGAUCGUACAAUCGAGUAUUAUGACUCGCUUGGCUCUGUUGGUUCUCAUCAAGUGAAGUUGGUCAAAUCAUGGCUCCGUGGGGAGCUUGGAUCGAAAUUCAAGGAGGAAGAGUGGACUGUUCUUGCAUCUGUCUCUUCGCGACAAGAUAACAUGAGUGAUUGUGGUGUCUUUCUUCUGAUAAAUGCCAAGGCAAUUGCCCUUGGUAUUGAGCCUACUGCUUUUGGGCCAAGUCAUACCUCUUUACUCCGCAAGAAAAUUGUCGCCGAGAUCAUGAAUGGUGGCCUUCAUGGCGAAUUCAUUCCACAAGACACGACAGGCACUUUAUUGCUUUGA